UCACGCACAGUGAAGGGAGCGGAACCCGGAUGGAACUGUCAUGGCUGCCGUCACCGACCUGCCAGUCUAAAGAGAAAAAAGAGGAGCCUUUACUCUAAAGCAUGGAGGUUGACCUGACGACAUCAGAUGAUCCCCCUGAAAGUCAUGACCUGAGCCAGGAUGAUGACACCUCACUGGACCACACUUUGCCUCUAGAAUUGGCACAUCAGCUUCCAGAGACAGCCUCUUGCAAUGAACAUUGUGACCAAGAAACACCCCCUGAGGAGUCAGCCACUGAUAAUCUUCACACAGACGGCAAAGCUUCUGGAAAGACUCCAUGUAAGAUGCAGCAGGGUGCAAUCUUCUCUGGAAAAAUACUGAGUUUUUGUUGCUCUGAAUGCAAAGACAACACCACUUACAGCCCUAAUGACUUGCUGAAACAUUUUCAAGGAACACACAAGGGGAUUCUUCCAACUUAUCCUUGUGAUCUGUGCUUGUUUGUCACCAAUGAAUUCUCAUCUCUUCAGCGACAUCGCAUCGGACAUCGAAACACUUUGGUCACGUGUGAGAUUUGCAACGAUGGGGUGCAGUAUUCACUUCUUUUGCUCACCAGGCACUUUACCAACUGCCACAGCUGUAAUGGACAGUUUCUCUGUAAAAAGUGUGAGUUCUCCACCCGAGAUGCAGGAACCUAUGUUCAACACAUCCAUCAUCACAACGAACGUAAUCACAAAUGUGUGAAAUGUCCACAUGGUAGCCCCACACAAGGGGAGCAUCAGCGGUAUAACAUGGUGCAUUCUGGGACUUUUCCUUUCUCUUGUCAGAUUUGUGGCUAUCGUGCAGCUCGCAGAGAUUAUCUGAACAAACAUCUUACUGUGGCACACGGUGAGGAAAUGAACAAGUGGAGAACAAAUGAGGACAGUUCUGGAGUUAGUUCACCUGGAUUAAAACGGUUGCUUAAAAAGUCUCCUCCAGUUGGAGGAUCCAGAGAAUCGCAGAGGAUGUCAAAACGUAACUCAAUCCCCGGUGUAGGUCUGCUUGAUCAUAACGGCAGGUUGUUUAAUCCUGAAAAAACCUUGGAGGAGACCCAGCAGUUCCUUGAAAGAGCUGUCGGGGUUAAAAAAGAGAGUGUUAAAUGGACAAAGUCUCCCCUAAAAAGUGAGCUGCAAACUUUGCACCUCAUUCCAUCAACAACGCCACAACCAAAGUUACAAGAGCAUGAGAUUAGUCCAGGAAGUCCAGGACUUCUGAAUUCAACCAACAGCAAUGGACUGACUGUCCUUAUGGUGAAAAAUCAAAUUUCUAUUCCACCAAACUGCACCACUAAAGUCAUGGGCUUUCAGAUGGUAGAUGGUAAAAAACAUUUAGUUCUAAAAGUCAUACCGACAAAACAAGAGGACUCCACUGAAAAUGAGAUUUCUGAUUCACACAUUGGUGACGAUGAAGAUAAAAUAACCAGCAGCCCCUGCUCUUCAUCCUCACCAAGCAUAGGAUCUCUCCUCAGUUUAGAGUCUGGUGAAUCAAAUGAGAUAUCUUCAAUAAAAGAAGAGUCACGGGAAGUUGAAAAUCACAUUGGCAACCAUCUCCCCCCGACAGAUGAGCACAAAGUUAGCUUUGAGAGUGCAAGUAAAGCAGGGCAGGUUAAUAAUGAGGAUACUGAAGUCUCACAUAGUGUUAAAGUACUGUCUACAUCAUCAAAAGAUGCUGCACUUUCCCUGUGUCAGAGCCGUCAAUCCAAUGGAAGGUCAUCGCCUCAUCUGCAUGAGGUAUCUUUCCUCUGUUCAAGUGAGAAAUGCUCCACUGAUGAUAUCCAGACAGACAGCACACUUCCUGUUUCAACUAAAGAGCUUUCCUCCACUGAUUCUGAGACCACACUUUCUGAUUUGCAGAUGGCUCAAGUAGAUUCAUCUAAAUAUGAGGCUAAAGCGUUAGCUUCAGUUAUGGAUGAACCCUCAGGAUCACAGUCAUCUGCUGAUGAAACCACAUGUCCUGAUGCAGUUUCUGAUUUAGAAUCAAACCCUGAAAUGUCUGUAGAAGGCAAGUCCACAAACACUGAUAUCCUGAAAUCUAAACUUCCAUCAAAAACAACUGUAGAUGCAACAUUUUCGGUGAUGUCGGAAGAAUCUCUUAUCCAGGAACCAUGUGAGAAUAGCACUGAACCAAACUCCCCUAUUAAAAGUCCUGUCGAAAAGAGCAUCCUUGAUUUAGUGGCUAAAGAAGAGCAGGAUUCUGAUUCUGACAAAGUUGAGACCUUAUGCAAGAUGACUGACAUUAAGACCUCUACCGCAGAAGUUGGAGAGUGCUUUCAGUUUUACCCAAAUGCUCAUUCUGACUCGAGUGAGACGCCAGCCUCAGACAGUAUUGUUGUAAAGUCCUCUGAAGUAACUAAAAACAAAACCACAGAGGCAAACGCACAAAAUGAAACUAGUAAAAGUGCAUCAGCUGAAGCCAAAGAUAGUAACACAGAAGUUGAAAAUAACUUUCUCAAUUCCCCAAGUCAAGAGGUCUUUAGUUUCCACAAUUAUUCUAAAGACACUUCUGGGAGCUCUCCUGAUUCUUUGCUGCCUGAGGAAGACUCACCGCAGGGCAUGGAGGAAGAAGAGUGUGAGGACGAUUUUGGUGAUUGGAGCUUAACUCUGCCAGCAUCACCUCCUCUUCCAACUGAAGAAGAUAGCAAGGGAGGGGCCAGUGAGAGUGAUCUGGUCUCCGAAAGUGGAGAGAAAGCAUUAGAGAGAGUGUCAGAUAGUGAUAUUGAGGUAGAUGAGUGCAUAGCUACUGUCGAUGAUUCACUCAUGCCUGUGCUUCCAGAAAAAGAAGGAGAAGAAGCUUGUUCAUCAGCACCAGAGAAGAAACAGGAGGGUAUCACCUUUGCGAGCGAGAACACAGCAACAAGUGUGAAUAGUGCGACUGUUUUGGGCAAGAUACUUGAAAAGCACUCAGACGCCAUAAUCAGCCAGCAACUUGAGAAAGAAAGAAUGAGGUCUUCAGCGACAGUACAAGAAACUGUUAGGCCGACCAAAACCACACUUCGGAUCUUGCAGACACCUGAAGGAAAACAGCAGAUGUUCCUUCAAACUACAGACACUCCAUAUGCCGUGCCAGUUCAGCUGAAAAGUGGAGCUGGGUUCAAGCUAAUUACUAAGUCCUGUUCUCCCAAAAUUAACGUGUCUUAUGUGAAACCUGGGAUUGAGAUGGCCAGCAAGACUACGGGAGUAGCUCUCACUUUAAAUGGAGGGAGAAUUGGCAUGUCUGCACAGAGUUCAAAUUUUGAAACAAAAGGUCAAGCGUCUGCCCAGAUGGCACCAAGUGGCAGUGGAAACCGCUACUUCGUCAAUGCUUCUGCUCUUCUCUUAUCGGGUGCUGUCAAGUCCUCAUCCGGAGAACAGGUGACCAACGUGCCACAGACUUGUUAUUUGGUUCAGAGACCACUCCCUGUUACCCCGGUUAGUAGUGAGUCAAGUGGUUCAAGUUCUAAGACUGUGCUUGCAACCCGUCCUGUAUUGGCCAUGCCUGUGAAUGCUGCAGAUAAAACCAGUCCUUUGCAGGCUGGGAGACAAGCUUACUUGGUUAGAUACAUUUCUCCUGCCAAGUCAGGUAUACUUUUGAACAAUUCAGACGGGAAAACCUUGAACCAGGGCAACCAAGUGAACGAGGCUGGCAAAAACAGGGUUUUCCUUAAGAUAGUUCGAGGUCCCAACGGCACCAGAUUUCUCUCGACUGCUCCAUACACCACAACCAAAAAAUCAGUAUACCUUGCCACAAGCUCUCUGCAGUCACCUUGUUUGUUAAUGUCCUCAAAUAAAUCUUUAACCAAUGUGUCGGCAGGAUUUAAAACCUCUACUAAUUCACAAGGUCUCAUUCAUAAACUCAUCCCCGCAUCCCAGCUUAAACAUAUUCUACCCCAGUCCAAUGUUCAGAUCAAAAGCAGGGCUGAUCACGAUGUAGCAUUACAGAAGUCGCCACUUGUUCCCUGUUCCAUCCGUGCACGUAGCCAAAGGAAACGGAGGCGAAGGGCUUUGUUUGAGGAAAUGCUGGAGAGCUCCUCCAAAAUGAGGAGAAUCUCCAGCAAGUCGUCGGCCGAGAAAGACGCUACCUCAAUUUGGAAGCCUGUUGCGAAAGAUGUUGUGAGAACGCUGAGGCUCUGUCCCUUUAGUCCACUUCAAGAAAUCAAAUGUCCCCGGCGAAGCCAGCCUGUGGUUGUGCUGAACCAUCCGGAUGCAGACAUUCCUGAAGUUGCUAGCAUCAUGAGGUCUGUGAACAAAUACAAAGGUGAAGUUCACAAGGUGGCACUGUCCCAAAAUACACUUAAAGCCCUGUCGGAGUCUCCAAGAACACUUUCAAAGCAGAAUGCUUCCAAUGGCAGUGGGAGUGAAAGAUCAAGGCCAGAAGGAGGUGCUGUUCAAGAGAGAUUCAUACUGAAACUGAAGUUAAAAAAGACUAGCAGAAAUAAAUAUGAGGUGGUGAGGUCCACAUCUGCUGGUUCAGAGCAGCAGUCAACAUUUUGUUGCUGGUUUUGCGGCCGAGUUUUCAACAACCAAGAGGACUGGAUCGGCCAUGGUCAACGGCAUCUAAUGGAGGCAACAAGAGACUGGAAUAAGCUGUUCUAAUGCAAUUACAGAGCCCCUGGAUUGGGCCAAAUGCCAUCCUUCAUUGUAAAAAAAACAGAUUUUUUGUAAUAUUUUCUUUUUUUUUAAAUAGUACAGUAAGAUAACCGUUAACUGUUGAUAUUAUUUUUCCAUAGAUUUUUCUUCAGAAGCUUUUAAAGGGUAUAGUGUAAUAGAGAAGAGUUUGGUACCUGAAACAAGUUUGUAUGUAAAUAAUUUUCACCCUUGUAUAUUUAAAUCUCAACCCUUGAGUAUGUAUAGAACGGAACUGUGAAAACUGGACACACUGUAUGUUUAUGGUGCAAGCAGAAAGAUCACUGGUAUAAGAUGGUGCUGUUUCUUAUAGACCUCUUUUAAUGCAGACAAUUUAACUGAAUUCUCAGGUAAUUCCAUAAUUUUUGAAUGAAUGAGUGAAUGGUCCAGUUUAUAAAAAAAGUCAUCUGUGUUUGAUUGUAGAUUUUUAUGUACCAUUUAAGUACAGUUUAAUUUGGCUACAUUGUCAUACCUACAUCACUGAACCAAUUUUAAUUUCCAAUUAACCUCCUUUGGGGCUUAGAUAUUGUGAAAAUGUUCAAAGAAAUUGAAUUUGAUAUGCAAAUUUUAAAGGGAUAGUUCACCCAGAAAUAAAAAUGGUCAUUUUCUCACCC